AUGGCUGUACCACCAAGAUUUCCUGGUAUGAUUCCAGCUUAUGGUGUUCAAAUUCCACAAAUGACACCAAUGAUGCCUUUUCCAAAUCCCUAUUUUAUGCCUAAUCCUAUCAUGGCUGCAGCUGCUGCACAAAGAAUGGCGGCGCCACCCGCGCCACAACCUAAGCCCUCUGAAAAACCGCCUGUUACUACAGUUUUUGUUGGUAAUAUAAAUGAAAAAUGUGGAAACGAACUAAUACGCGCUAUUUUGACGGAAUGUGGUGCAGUUGCAACAUGGAAACGCAUUCAAGGUUCAAAUGGAAAAUUUCAAGCAUUUGGUUUUUGUGAAUUUGAAAGUCCAUUUGGUACAAUGCGAGCUUUACGAAUUUUGCAUGAUUAUCCACUUGCCGAGAAAAAAUUAGUAGUCAAAAUUGACGACAAAACACGAACAAUGGUUAAAGAUUAUGUUGCCAGAAAACGUGCGGAGAAAAAUUUACCACCUGAAGCUUUAGCAUCUGAUGAAAUGCCAGCAGAUGAAGAUAAUGUUGCUGACGAUGAAGAAAUACGACAGAAAAUCCAGACAUUAAUUGAAAAAGAUGCACCAGAUUUGAUGCCCAUAGAAGAUGGUGAACUGGCAGAAAAAACUCGGUCCCCAGCUUUGGAAAAGGGAAAGGAUCGAGCACGAAAUCGAAGUGUCGAAAAACGAAAGGAAAGAAAGGCUAAACGCAUAUUGUUGGGAUAA